AUGCCUUCGAGUCUGUCUAGCAUACCCGACUUGGGGCUAUUUUACAUUCCAACCACUGCAGAAGUAGGUGUCGCAGGUGCUGGGCUGUACAACAAGCUGGUGGAACAAGCCUAUCGCUCUAACGAGACGCAUAUUUUUGAUUUGGGAAGAUUCUGGUCGGUCAACGCCAUCUGUGCAGAACCUGGCGCGAUGUAUCACCUUGCAGUGCAUUUUCUCUUCAGCUGUAGGGAGAUACUGGAGAAGGUCGCCUGGGAGGAUCUCAAGGAUACUUUGGCGGUGGACGCCAAAGUCUACCGUUCUCCUCCCGGUGAUAUAAACGUGGCGGGCGGAGAGAUGGCUUCCAUGACUCUGCUUUUCAGUUCUUCAUCUCCUUUGGUGGGACCGAUGACAUAUGGCGAGGUACAACGAGCAGUGGAGCACUACCUGGGUUGGUGUGACCGGGCUGGCAAUGCUGACCCUCCCUGGAAGUCCGCAUGGCGCAUUACUGCGGAACUUGUCCCUCGGUCGGAGGUGAAGGACUGGCUUGUCCGAAGACAGGAUGCACUUGAGCAUUGUGAUGUUAGAAUCCUCUGGCGUGGAACUGACUUUGAUUGUCUGCUUCCGUGUCAGCUUCAAUAA